AUGAGAUACCAAUCUCUCUUCGUCUCCUCCAUCUCAGUGCAGGUCGCACUGGCGGCGCUCAAUGAGCCCUGCUAUGGCUCUGGUGGUAGAGCUGGUGUCUGCGUAACUACAAGUUCGUGCUCUUCGAACGGAGGUACAACGAUUGACGGCGCUUGUCCGGCCGAUGCUUCCAACAUCAAGUGCUGCACCAAAGCUUCCUGCGGAAGUGGGGGCAAUUGUCGUUGGACAAGCGACUGUGCAGGAACAUCUGCUUCCAAUCAGUGUCCAGGACCAAGUGGCUUCAAAUGCUGCUCCUCCACUGCUACCGGAUUCGGUGUCUACGGCGACCCAACUGUUCCAUCUGUCGGUGCCUGUAAGCAGGUUGCAGUCAGCGGCGCAAAGAAGAUUGUCGCAGCAUUUCCCGGGAGGGUCAGGCAAAUCUACUGCACUCGCGACUGCACAUGCCCUGGCGACUCGGAUCACUGCUGCGGCAAAGCGACAGACAUGAUGUGCUCUGAUGCUGGUGGUGUCCCCACUAUCUCUGGCAAGGAGAUUGCUGAGUGGGUUAUGAACAACCGUGAGACGCUCGAUCUCAAGUACGUUAUUUGGGGUCAGAAGAUCUGGAAUCCUUCUCAAGACUCGGUCAAGUCUUGGUCCAGUUGGCGAAGUAUGGAUGAUCGCGGUGACUUUACCGCGAAUCACUGGGACCAUGUUCAUGUGAGCUACAACUAG